AUGCUCUCAGGCAAACCGCUCUUCCCGGGCCGAAACUAUCACUCGCAGCUAUCACUUAUCCUCGACAUCCUCGGCACGCCUUCGCUCGACGAUUUUUACGCUAUAACGUCCCAGCGCUCGCGUGAGUACCUCCGCGCGCUGCCCUUCCGGAAGAAACAUCCUUUCAGCCAACUAUUUCCCAACGCGAACCCGCUCGCCAUCGACUUCCUGGAAAAGUGCUUGACGUUUAGCCCGAAGAAGCGCAUCGAUGUGUCCGAGGCGCUCGCGCAUCCGUAUCUCGAGUCGUAUCAUGACCCGGAGGACGAGCCGACUGCGCCGCCGCUGGACCCCUCGUUCUUUGACUUUGAUGGGCCGGAUACGUUGGGGAAGGAGGAGCUGAAAGUGAUGAUAUACCAGGAGAUCACCACGCCGCCUCCGAACCACGCAUAUUCCUCCCAAUAG